UGUUGUUAAGUUACAGUAUAAAUUUGUAACUCAAAAUUGACAGUUUAUUAACAAUUUUCUAUUUAUUACUAUAAAAAAUGCUUAACUACGUUCCUUUAGCGGUGUUUUGUAUUUGCUUCACGGCAAUUAAUUUACUCGCACAAAAUUUGACCGAAGAUCCAAAUGCGAAUUUAAUAUUUCCAAACUUCUCCAUUCAGGCAUUGGACGAGUCCAACUAUCGCGCCUUUCCUGGACAGCAAACUGAAAAAAUGUUUGUUGUAAUCGCGUAUGCAACGGUCAACUGGUUUAGAGCACAAGAGAUCUGCGGCUAUCAGGGUCUCUCCUUGGCCACCAUUAAUUCAAGAGAAGAAAGCCAGGCACUACAGGCUUAUUUAACACGAGCUGGUCUAAAUCUAAACCGUGAAGCUUUUUGGCUAGCUGGCUCUAUACACGCUGAUAACAAAAAUUGGGUUUGGUUCAGUACAGGCCGUCCUCUCACCUAUGCCAAUUGGGCGGUUGGUGAACCGAAUAACAUUGGAGGUAACGAAAAAUGUCUUAUUCUAAAAACGAAUGGACUUUGGAAUGAUAACCGUUGCGAUUAUGAAGCGUUUUUUAUUUGUGAAACGCGUUGCCCAUUGACGAGCUAUGACUCGCCGAUUUAUAGUCGAAAAUGAAGGAAUGCGAAAGUUUUAUAAGUAUGUUUUUAUGUUUAGCUUUAGUAAAAUUCUUUUGUUUGAUAUUGUAAGCUAAGUAAAUAGGAAGUAUUAAAGUCGUUCAUUGAUAUUUUUGAUAUUG